UAGUGUUUGUUACAAGAAUGAAGAAGAUCUGAUCUGCCUGUGAAACUUGACUUGAACACUGAACAGUAUGGGAAAGACAACCAAUGAGACGAAUGAUAAUGACUGUUCUCAUAUCAAAACAGAGGAGGAGACUGAGGUAAAUGAGGUUCAAGACAAAACCGGAGAAUUUCUCUGUCCUGAAUGUUCUGCCAGUUUCCCUUGUGAAGAGUAUUUUGUAAAGCACGUCAGGGAACAUCACUGUGAUACGAUGUAUCAAGAAUCCCCACAAACAAGUACAACUGAUGAGAUAGCUUAUAAUCCUGUUGGUAGAGAAUUGUCACAGUUUACAGAAGAACUAAUCACAACAUCGUCCGAAAGUACAGCGGGAAAGGCUGAUCAACCCUCAGAUUCUCAGAGUAAACAACCAAUGCAAAUGGAAAGACCAUACGGAUGUUGUGAUUGUUCUUAUGCUGGUCGUUUGAAAUCGGAUCUUAGAAAACAUAUAAAAAUACAUUCUGAUGAAAAACCGUUUAAAUGUUCUGAUUGUUCUUAUGCUUGUCAUAGGAAUUAUGAUCUCCUCAGACAUCAGAGAAAACAUAUCAGUGGUCGCAAGCCCUUUGCUUGUUCAUAUUGUUCCUACUCCGCUUCUCAGAAAUCAAGUCUUCAAGUUCAUACAAAGAUGCGUCAUGAUAUUGGUGAUUUACCGUUUAAAUGCUCUGACUGUUCGUAUGCUACUCUCACCAAUUCAGCUUUUUUAAUUCAUCAGCGAUCUCAUUCUGGAGAAAAACCGUACAAGUGCCCUUUUGAGAACUGUUUCUAUGCUGCUGCUGAAAAUUCAAACCUAACAGCUCACCAGAGAACGCAUUCGGAUGAGAAGCCCUUUAAAUGUGCCUUUUCGGGUUGUGACUAUUCUGCCACAGCGAAAGCAAGUCUUACAAAUCACAGGAAAAGCCGUCAUUAUAUCGAGGAAUUACCGUUUAAGUGUGAUGAUUGUCCAUUCGCUGCUUUGACAAACUCUGCCUUUUUGAUUCAUCAACGUAUACAUUCGAAUGAGAAACCGUUCAAGUGUUCUUAUUUCCACUGCACCUAUGCUGCUACUCAGAAAGCAAAUCUUAAAAGUCACCUGAGAAAGAAUCAUUCUAGCGAGAAGCCUCACAAAUGCACUGACUGUUCCUUUGCUGCUGGUGAUAAGUCUGAUCUCUUGGUUCAUUACAGAACACAUGAUUUGAUAAUUGAUUGAACGAUUGCGAUCAGGCGAUCAUUUAUUAGCUGCAUGCUAUUUUUAAAUGUUUUCGGUUUGUUUCGGUAUGAUAAUUAACCAAAUUGAACAGUUAUAAUAGGGAUAUAAUUUAUUAGCUGCAUGUUAUUUUUCAAAAGCUUUUUUUGGUACUUUCCGGGUUGAAAACUAACCAACUAUUUAUAAUUCAAAGAAAAUAUUUUAUUGAUUAUAAUACGUUUUCGGUUACUAGAGCUUCGUUUGGAUCGUCGGACGAUCUAUCAUUAGCCGCACGCUGUUGCUAUGAAGAUUUUAGUUUUUCUCGGGAUGAUUACUAUAACUAACCAAAUAAAAAUUGUAAUAAUAAAAAUGUAUUAUAAUAUUAUGCAUAUUUAGUUUAUCUGAAACUUAUAUUUUGUAUAACUGUUUUCAAUGAUCUUACUCUAAUGAUUUCUUGUUAUAGAACAUGAAAGUAGAACAUAGAAGUCCAGCAAAACAAAAUAUAAUCUUGCAAGGCAAGCAUUUCGUAGAUAUCGUAAGGCCGAGCGAGUUUUUAACAUUGUAGUAUUCAGUUGUGAGCAACAUGGUUCUCGACUGGUUAAAACUAAAUGAAAUAAUCGUCGUUGCGGCACUCA